AUGCGCCGUCUGUUCAAGAACGCCCGGAUAUUUACGUCCGUUGGAGGCGACUCGACGCUGCACGACGCGCUUGUCAUCGAGGACGACAAGGUCGUGUUCGUCGGCUCCAGGGCAGUCGCCGAAUCGAAAGGCGGGCCCAGCGCCGAGGUGACUGACCUCCAAGGUCGUGUCGUCCUUCCCGGUCUGAUCGAUGGCCACAUCCAUGUCGUGCAGUUCGGUGCGUCGCUUUCCAAGAUCGACUGCCUCGGCCUCAGUUUUUCGCAGAUCACGGCCGCCGUGAAGGAGGUGUACCUGGCCAAUCCCUCUGCCAAGAUGAUCCACGGCAAGUCGUUUCUCUUCGAUGCACUCGGCGAGCCACCUCACCACGCGUUGCUCGACGCCGUCGCUCCGAACGUGCCGGUCUUCAUCGCCUCAAUGGACCUGCACUCGACACUGCUUAACACUGCGGCGUUGGACGCCAUCGGUGUGACGCGCGACACGCCCGACCCCAAGGGCGGCGAGUUUGUGCGCGACGCUGCCGGCGAACUGACGGGCCUGUGUCUUGAGACAGCCAACGUCAAGCAUAUCUGGCCAUGGGUCGCGCACCACACUUCCCUGGAUGAGCGGGUCGCCGCGCUCGACGCCGCGUUCGAAAACAUGCUGUCCAGCGGCCUAACGGGGGGCAUCGAGAUGGCCCUCCGGCCCGAGGAUCUCGAGGCGUUUGAGGAGUAUAUAAGGCGGCAUGGUCGGCUCCCAGUCCGAAUAAGUGCACGUUGGUUCAUGAGGCCCGAGGGAACGGAAGAGACGCAGGCUGAACAGGUGAGGGAGGCUGCCCGCCUGCGCGACCACUGCGCUCAGUAUGCGCCAUGGUUCAACAUUGUCGGCAUCAAGAUUGUGUCGGACGGGGUGGUAGACUCGUGCACUGCCUUCCUGAAGGAGCCCUACCCGAGCGGCCAGACGCCUGGCCCCAUCUGGCCUGCCGACGAGCUCACAAAGGUCGUCGUGCUGGCCGACACCCUCGACCUCCAGAUCGCAGUCCGCGCGCUGGGUGACGCCGCGUCGGAGCAGGCGCUCGACGCAUUCGAGGCGGCUAUGAUGGCGAACGGGGAGCGCGCGCAUCGCCGGCACAGGAUCGAGCACCUCGAGGUCGUCACCCCCGAGAGCGUUGCCCGGCUCACCAGGCUCGGCGUCACGGCCAGCCUGCAGCCUGUGCACGCUGACCCUGUGUACGCCAAGAACUGGUGGGACCAGCUCGGUCACGACGCGCGUUGUGACCGCGCGUUCCCAUGGUCCGAGUUUGUGCAUGCUGGUGCAAAAGUUGCGUUUGGCACCGACGCACCCGUGGCACCAGUGCAUGCGCUGCCCAACAUCUACACGGCAGGCACGCGUCAAUCGAGCGUCGACCCCAGUUUGGAGCUGUCGACUGACCCGCGGAUUCGGGCUCUCGAGAAGCUUUGCGUCCCGCUGGACAAGAGCAUCAGGUACUACACUGCUGGGUGUGCCCAGAGUGUGCGCCAGGACGACGUGGGGACUCUCGAGCCGGGGAAGCAGGCCGACUUUUGUGUCCUCGACGUUGACCCGUUCAGGGAUGGCAUUGAGGCACUCCGGCAGGCACAGGCAGCCGUCACGGAGACAUGGGUUGCGGGAAGGUGUGCGUGGCUAGCGAAGAAGUAA